AUGUGCGGUCGAACUAGUUUAUCACUCAAUAAGGAACAAGUGCGAUGUGCUUGUGCCUACAAAUCAAGAAAGGAAAAUGUAUACGUGAAACCAGAAUGGAAGCCAGAACAUAAUAAUGGAAAAGAUUUUAUUCCCUCAUAUAAUAUUGCUCCUACAGACAUAACUCCUGUGCUAAUUGCUGAUAAUGGCUCAAACACAUCUAACUCUCUUGUAAGGGUACUGAAACCAAUGAUGUGGGGUAUAAUACCACCAUGGCACAAGGGUGAUUACAAAGGCCACAAUGUUAGCACAAACAAUUGCCGGAUAGAAAAUAUCAAAACUUCAAAUCUGUACAGUCCAAUACUGCACAAUGGUGGCCGCUGCAUAAUCAUCGCUGAGGGAUUCUAUGAAUGGCAGACAACUGUGAAAAGUAAAACUAAGCAACCAUAUUACAUAUAUAUGCCACAAGGUGAUAAAAAUGAGACACAAGACACAGAAGAUAAAUUUAGUGAAAUAAAUGGUUGGAAUGGAGUUAAGCUUAUACACAUGGCUGGUAUUUAUAAUAUAUGGAAAUGUGAAGACAAAGUUAUAUAUUCAUAUUCUAUAAUCACUAUGGAAUCAAAUGAUACUAUGAACUGGCUACACCAUAGAAUGCCUGCUGUACUGGAUAAUGAUGAACAAAUUAAUGUACAAAAGAGGCUUGGCUUGAUGUUGAACACGUAG